GCCCGCCCCGCCGCCCGGCGCCGCCCACGCGGCAGCCGUCACGCGAUCGCGCAGAGGUCCCGGUAGCGGCGGAAGGCGAUGGCGGCGGCGGGGCGCUGCGCGAGGCCGCUGCAGCUGACGCUGGCGCUGCUGAAGCCGGACGCCGUGGCCCACCCGCUGGUGCUGGAGGCCGUGCACGAGGUCAUCCUCAGUAACCGGUUCCUCAUCGUGCGCGCCAAGGAGCUGCGCUGCGGGCGGGAGGAGAGCCGCCGCUUCUACCGGGAGCACGCGGGGCGGUUCUUCUACCAGCGGCUGGUGGAGUUCAUGGCCAGUGGCCCUAUGUGGGCUUAUAUCUUGGCCCAUGAGAAUGCUAUCUCCCUCUGGAGAACCCUGAUGGGACCCACCAAGGUAUUCCGAGCCCGACACAGUGUCCCAGAUUCCAUCCGAGGAGCUUAUGGCCUCACUGACACCAGGAAUACCACUCAUGGCUCAGAUUCACCAGCAUCAGCCAGCAGAGAAAUUGCCUUCUUCUUCCCAGAGUUCAAUGAAGAGCUCUGGUACCAGCAGGAGGAGCCACAUCUACGCUGUGGUCAGGUGUAUUACAAUGCAGAGGAGCGUGUUCACUGUGUAUUCAAGGAUGAAGAAACAGAGUUGACCUGAGUUACCUGGGGGUAUGGUUUACUGAUCAGGAAGUAGCUUCAAGCCACUCUGUUUGGGUCAGCCCCAUAACAAGCUAUAGAACCAUGACAUGUCAUGAGGAGUGAAAGGGAAGGAAAGACCUAGUGCACAUUACACAGAGCUGCUUGGGAUUGUUGUUCAUGCAGUGUGCAGGUUCUGGGACGCUUCAGAAAAAGCUUGUCUAGUACUUGGAGCAGUACUACAAGUUGAUACAAAUACAUACCCAUGCACUUCACCAAUCCCUAAAGCACUUUGUGCAUGAGCAGUACAGGUGAGUUCCUCAGAGGAUUAGCUGGAAAUGGGAUUGCUAUUUCCAAUUAUAGGUAGCUAGGGUAUAAGCUCUGCCUUAUACUAGGCUCCAGAUUCUUUUUAUUUACUCUGUUCUCUCAGUUCCUUAAGGAGGAAGAGGGGAAAAGGGAGGAAAAAUGCAAUGGUGAGCAGUGUAAUAGUAACUCUUAUGUCAUUGCUUUCCUGGAUCCAAGCUAAGAAAAGAUUUUCUUCAGUCUUGCCGGCAUGGUUUGAAGCUGUUUUCUAAAUUAAAGCAGCAUAUUUUGUCAGUUGAGUUUAGUCUGGACUAACAAACCUGCAGCACAUCCUGUAGAAGUUACAGAAAGAUGUGGAACAGUCUGGUGCCUGUGAAGCAUCUUAUAUUUUGUGCUUUUAGAGUUUCUGAUUCAUGAGGUUAGUACUUCUGGUGAAAUUUGUUAGUGGCUCUUAAGGAUGCGAAUAUUGUGAAUCUAUAAUAAAGGUUAAAAAAGGGUAGUUGAAUGCGGGUACACAGAAGCUGUAGAAGUUCUGCCUGGAGCUCUUUACAUUAAGCCUUGUAACAAAAUAUCUAAUGGCAACUCAAAGACUUAAUUGCAUACCCUAAGAUUAUGGGUUUGCUAUGCACUGAAGCACUGAGUUUCAUAUCCUUUGUAAAUUACAUGGACAAAAUCUUUCAGUCAUCCUGAUAAUUGAUAAUAAUACUAUAUGGUGGUGCAUGAGUAUGGUUUUGAUGAGCAUGGCAGAACCUUGCAUAGUACAUCUGUCUUCUUGUACUAAUGCAUUUUGAGAAUGUUUAAUGCAUUUAAACAGUCCCUUAAUAGCUUCUUCCGAUGCAGAUUUUUUUUUAAUCAAGGUGCCAUGUCAUACAGAGUGAAAUUUCUUUCAUGUAAUUUCAGAUGUGCUGUAUCAUUGAAGAUACGUUUGUAAUGUACUUAGGACAACAAGCUUGUUUGCUUGAGGCCUUUUUCUGAAGUUUAACGUGACAAGUGUCAAUGAUAAUAGUUGCUACAGCUCUGUUGACUGAGCUCCAAAUUAACCAGUGUGUUAGUUUCUCACAGGAUCAAAAGCAAGUUUCUCUUUGAGUAGUUUAAGACUAAGUUUAAGCUAUGUGAAAUCUUUGGCACUUGUUCAAAAAAAGUUAAUUGUUCAAAGUGGUGCCACAGAGCUUCUUUGCUUAAGAAUACAAACAUUUUUUUUUCUUUCCUUACUAUUAUAUGAGAUUAAAUGCAGCUGUUAUUUUGUUUCAGGUACAGAUCAAAAGGAUCUGCUGACUAUUUCUGCAUUUUUGCUGCUUUUAUUUUUACUAGCAGUGUCCAAAGGUGGAUGUGUUCAUGACUGAGUAAGAAUUGAUACAAGCCUGAAAUCAUGCUGUCCCGAAUGCUACUGACAAUUGAUAUUUUAUUGGUUCCCUAAACUGAAGUUGUGCGUGUUUUUUCUUGCAACUAUUAAUCAUUUUUUUUCACCUUUCUUCUUUACAAUGUGUUUUCUUUAUUGGUUAUUAAUUUGGGAUGUCAUUAAAUGAUAAUUCCUAUCUC